AUCCAAGAGAAAAAAAAAAAAAGCAAAACAAUCCCGUAGCUUCCAUUUCCAUGGCCACAAAAACCGGCGACCUCCUCCACCCCGCCAUGGCCUGACGCCCCCGAGAAGCUGCUGCGGCGGGAGGCGAUGGCGACGAGGGGAGGAGGCGGAGGAGGAGGAGGGAAGGAGGCGAAGGGGAAGGUGAUGGGCCCGCUGUUCCCGCGGCUCCACGUCAACGACGCGGCCAAGGGCGGAGGCCCGCGGGCGCCGCCCCGGAACAAGAUGGCGCUCUACGAGCAGUUCACCGUGCCCUCGCAUCGCUUCAGCGGCGGAGGAGGCGGCGGCGGAGUAGGAGGCAGCCCCGCGCACUCGACGUCGGCGGCGAGCCAGAGCCAGAGCCAGAGCCAGGUUUAUGGACGUGACAGUUCUCUGUUCCAGCCGUUCAAUGUGCCUUCCAAUCGACCUGGCCAUUCUACUGAAAAGAUCAAUUCAGAUAAGAUCAACAAGAAGAUUAGUGGUUCAAGAAAAGAACUGGGGAUGUUAUCCUCUCAGACUAAGGGCAUGGAUAUUUAUGCUUCAAGAUCAACUGCUGAGGCACCACAAAGAAGAGCAGAAAAUACAAUAAAGAGUUCUUCGGGAAAGAGAUUGGCCGAUGAUGAUGAAUUUAUGGUUCCUUCUGUCUUCAAUUCCAGAUUUCCUCAAUAUAGUACUCAAGAGAAUGCAGGGGUUCAAGACCAAUCAACACCCCUUGUUGCUGCAAAUCCACACAAAAGCCCUUCAACAGUGUCCAAAUCAUCCACAAAGUGUUAUAACACUGUUAGCAAGAAAUUGGAGAGAAUCCAUGUUUCUGAUGUGAAAUCAAGGACCCCUUUGAAAGACAAGGAGAUGGAAGCAGCACAGACAUCCAAAAACGUGGAAGUUGAAAAAAGUUCAUCCUUUCAUGCUUCCAAAGAUAUGUUUGAAAGCAGGCAUGCUAAAGUAUAUCCUAAGAUGGAUAAGACGGGCAUUAUAAAUGAUUCUGAUGAGCCACAUGGUGGAAAUAGUGGGCAUCAAGCGACAAGCAGAAAUGGAGGUUCCAUGAAAUUUCAGAACCCUCCAAUGAGAAGAAAUGAAAUUUCCUCUAAUCCAUCUUCUGAAAAUACUGAUAGGCAUUAUAAUUUACCGCAAGGAGGCAUAGAGGAAACAGGUACAAAGAGAAAAAGGUUGCUAGAACAACACGAUGCAGAGAAAAGUGAUGAUGUGUCAAGGUUGCUAGAACAACACGAUGCAGAGAACAUUGAUGAUGUGUCUGAUUCCUCGGUGGAGUGUAUAACUGGUUGGGAGAUUUCUCCAGAUAAAAUUGUUGGAGCCAUUGGUACAAAGCAUUUCUGGAAAGCAAGACGUGCUAUUAUGAAUCAACAGAGGGUGUUUGCUGUCCAGGUUUUUGAGCUGCAUAAGUUGGUAAAAGUGCAGAAGUUGAUUGCAGCAUCGCCACAUGUACUUAUUGAAAGUGAUCCUUGCCUUGGCAAUGCCUUGUUGGGUAGCAAGAACAAGCUGGUGGAAGAAAACCUGAAAGCACAACCUCUUUUAGUCGCAACCAUCGAUGACGUGGAGCCAAGUCUACAGCAACCGGAGGUAUCAAAAGAAAACACUGAAGACAGCCCACCCUCCCCUCAUGAUACUGGGCUUGGCAGUGGUCAACGUGAUCAAGCUGCAACAAAUGGCGUCUCUAAAAGCAAUCGUCGAGCUACACCUGUUGCUUCUGAUAACAAACAAAAUAACUGGGGCGUUCAACUUCAACCACCUCAAAAUCAAUGGCUUGUCCCUGUCAUGUCUCCUUUGGAAGGCCUUGUCUAUAAGCCUUAUUCUGGUCCGUGCCCUCCAGCUGGUAGCAUAUUGGCCCCGUUUUAUGCCAACUGUACUCCUUUGAGUCUUCCAUCAACAGCUGGAGAUUUCAUGAACUCGGCAUACGGUGUUCCUAUGCCUCAUCAGCCACAACAUAUGGGUGCUCCUGGCCCUCCUUCCAUGCCUAUGAACUACUUCCCGCCUUUCAGCAUACCAGUGAUGAACCCAACUGCACCGGCACCUGUAGUCGAACAAGGGAGACAUCCUUCGAUGCCACAGCCUUAUGGGAACUUUGAGCAGCAGUCGUGGAUCUCAUGUAACAUGUCACAUCCAAGUGGCAUUUGGAGAUUUCAUGCCUCAAGAGAUAGCGAGGCACAGGCCAGCAGCGCUAGCAGUCCUUUUGACAGGUUCCAAUGCAGUGGAAGUGGUCCUGUAUCCGCCUUCCCCACAGUAUCAGCUCAGAACAACCAGCCUCAGCCCUCAUAUAGCAGCCGGGACAACCAGACCAAUGUUAUCAAGGUUGUUCCACAUAAUUCACGAACUGCUUCAGAGUCAGCAGCACGGAUUUUCCGGUCAAUACAAAUGGAACGGCAACGAGAUGAUUGAUAGCCAUGAGAACUGGCAAUUUUAUGCUGGAUGCAUUUGAUGACUUGGUAAAUGUAGAGAAGAGGUUUGCCAGAUUAUGGUGACCCCUAUAUUUAUCCUGACCGUUUAUAGACAGAUGAUGAUACUGUAUAUUCUCAAGGGCGGGCUCCGUCAGGGUGAUGUCGCCCCUUCGUCAAUUUGUAAUGUAUUUUGUACAGUAGGACAGGACAGUAUCUGUUUAACUUUAACGCUAUGUAAAGCCAUUGCUGGUCAGUUAAGCAGAAUAAUACUAAAGCUAAUGAGCUGGGGAAAAGACCCCGCUCUUUUUAUCUCUUUCUUUUGUGAACCCUGAUUACGAGUUAAGGCCCCGCGCCAUUUGUGGGGAUUUGCUCUUAUAAGUGUGUGAUCUAUAUUGCAAACAGAAUGGAGAUAUAUGAUUUUUGGAUA